AAUUUCAAAAAUAAGAAAAAACAAAAUCACACCUCACGUUAAUUAUUUUGUUUAGUUAAGUUGAAGUUUUUUUGUACGUAUAAGCGGGCAACAAGAAUUGUGGCAUAAAUAGCGUAUAAAUUUAGAAGAAACUAGCUACGAGAUACCAAAUAAGCGCGCUCGCGUGUGUGUGUCUGUUUUCUAAGAGAACCAACAUGGCUGACCAUGGUGCCUGACCUAUCACAAUUUGUAACUGAUCAACACUGUAGCUUCUGUUGGACCCUGUCUUUUACAUACAUGUAACAGUCACUGUGCUGCUCAUCUCUAACAGCACAUGCAAACCUGACCUGCCGCAAUGCGUUAUUGACCAACACCUUUGUUGUUUGCUCACAGGAUUUCAACUGUCGCUUUGCAGCACUGUCGCGCACAACAGCUGAGACGGCAAUGCAAACAAUAUGAACGGUAAAGAACAAACAGCUGGCAGGGAAUUCAAGCGAAAUUCAAACGCCUACGCAAGUUUGCCAGCAACAACAACAACAACAACGAAAGAGAAACGUAAACAACAACAGCAGCAACAACAAGAGUCAUUACGUGAACCGGAACGUUAUGGACUCUCGCACAGUUUGUCCAGCGAAUCGAUGAAACAGGCCUGCGAUUAUUACGACGACGAGCCAAGCGAUGAGGAUUUAAUCGAAAUCCAGCAAACGCCACAAAGUUUCUAUCAACAGCAGCAGCUGCAUAUGCAGCACUUGCAGCAUCCGCUUGGCUUUAAAAUGCCGCUAACGAUGACCGUCGACGAUGAUGAACGUGAUGCGUUUUGUGACGUAAGCCAAGAGGCGCCUCUAAGCACGCCCAUCAAACAGACUGCAACGGCUGGCGGAGUGCCCGAUGAGGCGCUCAGUGUGCUCAACGAACUGGAUGCCAUACUCGAUGUGCAUGGCGCAUCGCAGCUCAACAAUGGCAACAAUAACUGUUCCUCCGCCACCUCCCCCAAUUCCUGCCAUUCUCCCUCCUCCUUCGCCUCGUCGGAUGAUGAUAAAGUUGAGGAUUACCUAAUGGAUCUGGACAACUAUCUGGAGGAGUUGGACAAAGAAGAUCCCCUGGCAAUCGCUGGACACGUAAACAGUCUGAGCCGAGAGCCACGCACACGCACCUUGCCGCUGAGUCGCAAGAGGAAGCAGCACAAACUGGCCGAGGAUGGGAUUGGGCAUGGGGAUGGGGAUGCCCAGCCAGCGCUGGAUGACGAGUUCCAGCGUGGACAUCAGAUGAGGAAAACAUUUAGCUGUGGCCUGACGCCAGCAAGCACCACAGCCACCUCGAAUACAUCACUAGCAACUGGCGCCAUUGUGGGGGAUGUGUGGCGCCGUCAAUCGAUGCGAUGCGCCAUGUCCAAUGCAGCUGACGAAACCAAAGCCGACGAACAGCAUCAGCAGGAUGAGGAGGAGGAGGAGUCACCAUCGCUCUUGCACGCAUCCGCAUUGCUUGUGCAGCUGCCCAGUGAGGAGUUGGCUUCAAUGCGUCGCAGUUUCUCCCAGGGCGACAGUCCAACGCAGUCCCAGUCCGCGUCUGGUGCCGAAUCGCGUGCCCUGCAAAUGCUCACCGAGGCGCACAUCUUUGACAAUCUGCUGCAGAACGAGCAGCGCACAGCGCGCGCCGUUAGCGAGCAGCUGGAGCAGCGUCCCCGCCAGUACGGUCGUCGCUCUGAGGGGCAUCCGUCGAUGAGUCCUGUGCACUGCUGCAGCAGUGUCGGACUGAGUCGACCACAGAGCGCACCGGCGCAAACAGCACAGCCGCCGCAUGCAAUCAUGUCCACGUUGUGCUCCGAGUUGAGUUCGGCGCGCUCCUCGCGCAUACCCAGCCCCGUCUCGCUGGCCAGCAGCAGCAACACCAACAAUAGCAACAGCAGCAACAGCAGCAGCAGGAGCAGCGGCAGCCGCUACACUACCACAGUCAGCAACGCCGCAGAUCAGGAUCAAUUGGAGCUGGCGCAAACGACACAAACGACCAUGUGCAGUGUGAGCAGUGGUGCCGGCAGCAGCAGCUCCACGCCACUGGAGCCGCAACUGUUGCUGCGCGAGAAGUGUGGCUUCAAUAGCUAUUGGCCGCAUGCCGGCAGUCGGACACUGGCGCUGUUGGCCUGCACCCUGGGCGUGUUCAAUCUGUGCCGCUUUGCCGUGCUGACCAUCAACUAUGGUGGCAACUUUCUACUCCAAUUCCUGAUGCUGUCCAUCAUCUUUGGCAUUCCGUUGUUUUGGCUGCAAAUGUGUCUGGGCGCCAAGAUUAAAGCUGGCCCCGUUUCCAUGUGGAAAAUUAGCCCAAUUUGCUCUGGGGUUGGCAUUGCUCUUGUCAUGGUGCAAUGCUUUCUGGCCAUCUAUUCAACGGUGUCGGUUGCCUGGAUUCUUGUCUAUUUGCGGGAUGUGUUCCCAACGCCCACGCAAAAUGUUUACCGCUGGCAGGAGUUGGCCUUUCCCUAUCGGUACGAUGCCGCCAACGCAACGGGAAACUUAACGCAAACAGUGGCCGAAUAUUUCAAUGUUGUGGUACUGCAGCGUCUGCAUCUGGCCAAGCAUCCGGAUGCUAGUGGUAUGCGUUUCCAUGUCAAUGAUCGGCAGCUGGCCUUCUAUUUGGCGCUCAUCUGGGCGGCAGUCUUCCUCAUACUCUGCAAGGGAUUGCGAUCCCUGGGCAAGCUAACCUAUCUCAUCAAUACGUUGCCAUUCCUAGCACUGAUCGCAGUUACCGGCAAGUUUGUCAGCGUUGUGGAUCCAGCCAGCUUACAGAACGCUUUUGCUGCCAGCGACUUUGAUGACUUUCUGGUGAACUCGAACGCGUGGACAGCGGCAACGCAGGAGACGUUUCUCACGUGGGGUCUGCUGGGCGCCUCAGUGAUUGCCAUAACUAGUCGCAGCCAUGCCACGGCAACCAAGGCCACGCUGCGACGUGAUGCAAUAAUGCUGGUGCUGCUCACGCUGCUCGGUCUGGGCCUUGUGGCGUUGCUAGCCUUGUGCUGUGCACAGAUCCUGCGACAACAUGGCUACAUAUAUGUGCCGGGCUCAUUUGAAACACCCGAUUGUUAUACGUCCGUUUAUUCGCUGCAGGCGCACAUGAAUCCCCAGCUCUUGUCCUAUCCACGUUCGCUGGUGCCGCAUUAUUCUUCGUUUCUGGGUGAGACCUAUCGUCGCAAUAAGACCAUAUUGCACAUUGAGAGCGGUUUCCAGGCGCUGCGCUUCAUCACGGAACUAUUUCCGGCUGUUCUCUCGCUGGCCAGUGAUUCAGUUUCGUGGAUUUGGGCUGCUGUCGCUUUUGCCAUGUUUGCGGUCUUUGGCCUCGCCCAGCUGUGCGUCAUGUGGAAACCCAUUUCGAGUGCAUUGGGCAAUUCCACCAGCUCUGUGCUGCUCAGCUGCGUUACUGGACUCCUGCUGAGCAUUCCGUUUGCCACCGAAAUGGGCAUUGGCAUUUUGUAUUAUGUGGAUUUUUUGCUUGGCGGUUCCUGGUUUAUACCCAUCAUUUGGGCAGCGCAAAUCUUUGGCGUAUUCCUCAUCCGUGGUCGUCCCUAUAACGGCGACGAUCUGGUCAAUGACCUGCGCAUGUGCGGUUCCAUGUCCGCCUUCCUGGCCCUGUCCUGGAACGUGUUGCUGCCAAUUGGUCUGAUUACGCUCUCGGUGAUUGAUUAUAAGGCUUCGCUAUCGAAUCAGUUCUAUUAUUGGCGCGGCAAAUCGUACUUUAGCUACUGGAGUCGCAAAAUGGGCAGUCUCAUUCAAAUUGGCAUUGUGCUCAUCAUUCCGGUCACCGCCAUUAUUCAGAUCUAUCGCUACUUGAGCAGCGGUCCAUCGGAUAUACUCGAGCGCAUUCAACUCUUGUAUCGUCCGCCGGAGGAGGGUGACGAGCCGCGUCGUCCGUCAGCACGUCAAAGAUCUGCCCAGGAGCGUCGCAACGCCACCGCCCAGCAGCAGGAUAGUGCCCAGCUCGAUAUACAGAAUGAUGCACCGCCCAAAUACACGCCUCCCCCCUCUUAUACAACGGCGACGGGUGCCAGACUGGCCAAAUUGUUGCGCCAGAGCAUCAGGCGUAGUGUGCGCAGAGUGCUCGGCGAUUCCUCGAGUCGCACUCGGCCCAUUCUGUCGCUGGAUGCUGAGUCAUCGUCGUCGCCAGUUGCCGCACCGCCCGAUUACCUAACCAUACUAAUCCAUCCCUCGGGCUCUGGCUCGACUCCAGCAGCAGCAGCAGCAUCAGGUGCAGCUGCAUCCAGUUCCAGCAGCGGCAGCAGUCCCGAAUCCAUUGAGAUUGGUCAACGGCCAGCUGGGUAUGCGCAACGUUCCCAGUCGUUGGGCCGCAAGCUGCAGCGAGGCGCCUCCGCGAGUGCCACACCUCAUCCGUACACUGCCGAGGAUGUGGUGACCAUAUUGAGAUCAUCGGUGCGUCAUCGACCGCCGCCACAUGGCCGGCAGAGUGUUGGACUUGCCACAACGUUGCCGCGUCCGCCUGGCACGAUGUCCACGCAUCUUGAGGAUGCCUCCUUCCGUUCCAUUGAGAAUCUGGUGCUCAAUGCCGAGCCGCCAGAUCAGACGCCAGGCGUCGGCGAUGCCCAAAACAGCAGCAACAACAUCAACAUCAACAACAACAAUAAUAAUAAUACAUCUGUGAUUUAAUUGACUAAUAUCUCGUAUCGUAUCGUACAUAUACAAAUAUAUAUAUAUAUAUAUAUA